AUGAACCUCCUCAUCGGUGCCGUCCAGCCGUCACUCCUCACGCUCCUCAACUCCGAGUCGGAACCACCACUUGCCCUCUGGCGGAAACACGAGGGACGGCGAGACGAGAGCUUUGUCGACGUUCUAGAUGACACGGCGUACCCAGCAACCGCCGAGGCUGGGCCAAGCCGGCCUCCACGGUCUGCAGCGGCUGGAACCAGUGUGAAGCCAAGUACCGCCUCCGUCCAUGUCCCAAAGCAUGCGCAGACGGGCUCGCUCGCUUCCCGCGUGGUCCACAUCCAGUCGCCCAGGCCAGACACAUGGAUCCAGGCUGGCGACCUGCCGCCUUCAGCAUCUACCCUAGGUAUCGAGCUGCCAUGGUUUGGGAUCCAGUUCAAACCACUCGGUGUGCGGCGGCGCGUGACCAUCGAGCUUGGACUAGUAGACGCGCGAGGGCGCGUGGGUGUCGUGCGCCUGAGCUCGCACAAGACCGAGCCGACACUCUACGCCGAGCGCGAACCCCCACUCGUACACCUCCCACUGGCGUUACCCGCCGACACGCACAAGGUGACCGACUGGGCCGAGACGGGCCUCCACCUCACGUCCCUCGUCGCCCUCUUCCGCUCGCUUCCGGCCGCCCCACCGGCCGCCAGCGACAGCGACGACAAUGACGACGAGCACGGCAGCAGGAAACGACGCCGACGCCCACCACCACGUCCAGCACGGCGGCCGGCAGACAGGAGCAGACUGCCAGAGGGCGGCCUCGCGUAUACCGCCUACGUGCGGAUCUACGCCAACUGCCGUCUCCGCCGCGUGUGGUUCUCCGAGGAAGGGGACAAGAGCCUCGACAUGCCCGGGGUGCGGGACGAGUGGGCGCUGUACGCUGCAGAGUAG